AAUUUUCUGAGGAAAAUCUCCUUGGCGCUGGCUCAGUGCUGGAGCCGUUCAAAUAUCUUCCCUCCCUUUACGUUUCUUAUGAGGCACAAACAAUGGCGAAGACAAAACCCAACAAAAUCGCUUAAAAUAUCACUACUGAGGCAAAAGGACGACAGUACACCACAGGUGAGGUAUUCAAACUUUUAUUUAGCAGUGUUCAAUACAUAUAUUUAGCGAUUUGUCGCUAGAGCAUGAAAAAUACGGUAACUCCCAUACAUUGCCAUAAAAUAACAAAGGGUUAAACAAACAGUUUGUCUGGGGUCCCCGUGGUCCCAACUGGCAGGAGGCAUACCAGUUUGCUAUUUAUAAGAGUGACCAAACCAGAGCGGGACUUGAACCCGAGGCCUUGCAUUGCAAGACCAGCGCUCUAACCGUUCGGCCACCCUGCCUCCUUACUUGUAGUUAGUUUUUCAACCUGAUUUCUUUGCUUGUAGGCAACAUCAUGAUGAAAAUGGACCUAAUUUACUACUCAUUCUUUAUGCCAAAAUACAACAAUGUUGAUUCAAAAAGCUGGUUUUCAAGGUCAUCUUCUAUGAUUCAGAUGAUUAACCCUCUACUACGAUGUUCCCAACAAAACCGUUUGAUCUAUGACUACAAUAUGGUAUUUCCAACAAAAUGGUGCCAGCUAAUCAAAGUGUCAUGGCUAUCAUUUUAAAGUGCUUCAGCUAUCAUCUCAAAAAAGGUAAACCAGAUAUUCUGGGAUGGUUGCAAGGUUUUGUAACCAAGGGGAUGCAGAGGAGAUAAAUUACACACCUGUGUAACUGAGGUCUCAGUACCCAGACAAACUACAUGUACCCCUUUGAAGCUUUAAGGGCUGCAGGAGUACAGAAUGUGAAAAUGUAAUGUGAUUUACAAAGAUAACCAAUAACUCUUUGUCAUGGUCGAACUAAACUACUAUAAUCAUUGUGAUACAUUUUGCUUGCACAAUAUCCUUGGAGGUACACUUAGUAUACCUUGUUUAGGCUAUGGUUGUGGGGGGGGGUUAAAGCAAUAAUAUCACCCAUGGUAGAGUAUGGAUAUUUUCUGGAAUUACUCAUUAUGAUCCAACGUAAUUUGCUUUAUAUUAAAUGGACAAUGAGAUCCAGCACAACAUUACACUUACAGUCAAAAUACUCAGUGCGUGCCACCUGUUAUUCAAGAAUAGUUUUGAUUAAUUGUGAACGGAGCCAUUAUUCGUUUCAAACUUUCAAAUUUAAUUUGGAUAUUGAAAUCAUCCAAUCCUAGCCUGAGUGUGACCACAUUUGAAAUAUAUAGAUUGUUGAUUGGUGUAUUUCCCACAUUGCUUGAACACUUCAUGUGGUGUUCAUGUCCAAAAGCGGCCCUAGAAUCAAACUGUUAAAAACCUGUGACAAGAAAAGCUACCGCCCUUUGCUGAAAGAAGGCCUUUCGGUGGCUAUUUGCAGCUUUCCAGAUCUGAAUAUCUGUUCCAAAAAUUCGUCAUUCUUUUCAACAAGAGCUUAGGCUUCUCUUGAUCAAAAAAAUUCAACGAAAACCAUGUGAAAUGACUUAAAAAGCGACAGACAAGUGAAGAAGACUCAAUGGCGCCAAACUUUGCAUGUGAACACGUCAUGAAGUCUUCAACCAAAACCAAUCAACAAUUGAUGCUUCAAAUGAGGUCACACUCGGGCUACAGUUGCAUGAUUACAAUGUUCAAAUUUAAUUUGAAAGUUUGAAACAAAUAAUGCAGUCUGUUUUCAGUUAAUUAAAACUAUUCUCAAAUAAUAGGCGGCACGCGCUGAAUAUUUUGACUGUAACCAAUCUUGUGAAGUACUGAUUUGUGCAGCCCUGGAGUAGUUCAGGCUCCUUUUAAGUUUUUUGGCUGUAUAGCUGUAUAUGUAUCAUUGGAGAUUUUUCUCAUUGAUGCUCUGUUUUUUACUUUGCUUUGGUCUGAAAUAAUUUUCUUUUGUUUUUUUUUUUUUAUCUUCUAGCCCAGCUUAGAGUCAAGCCUUAUUGACUUAGUGGGAGAAUAUCCAUCCUUGGGGAUGUUCUCUGGCCCAAGUGAUGUUAGUAUGGUUGACUUGCUGGAUUCAUGUAGCAGCAUUGAGCCAAGCCCUCCAGUAUGGACACCAAGCCCAAAACCUGUCCAGUCCAGUACACUAAACAGUGUUAGUACAAGCAACAUUGAGCCAAGUCUUCCUCUACAUACACCAAGUCCAAAGCUCAUCCACUCCAACACAUCAAACAGUGCUGAACCCAGCCAGCCACUUGCUCAUUCUACCACAUUAAAGACGACCACAAAUUCAUGCUCAAAGCGCAAGGCUUUAUUCCCUCAAGAGGAAUCUGAAGGCAGUUUUCCUACGGUUGCAAAAACAAGGCUGCCCGACCACCUGCCCUUUCCAGACAGGUUUUCCAUCAGAGUUGAGGAAGCCAUUACUGCUGAUAAUGUGCUGUCAGUGAGGAGGCAGCUCAUUGCUGACCUUGGCUCAUUUUAUUAUGCUUUGAGCAAACACCCAGUCCAGGGAGACUACAAGAGAAUGGCUCUUGCAAUCUGUGACAAAUUUCCUGAGCUGAGAGAUUCCAAUCCAUCAAGCUACUGGGUAUGUUUGCUGUACAUUAUUUUGUUAUCCUGAAUUUAGGAUGUGUACUGGUCUAUAGAUGUCAAUCAUAAUAAUUAUAUUAUUUGUAUGACUUGAUCAUUUUAGUACAUGCCUGUUUUUGUGGUGUAAAAUUUGGUGGUUCCCAAGGUCUUAGAUUUUUGGUUAGGGAGAAGUAAUCUCAAGAAUAAGUUACCAUUCAAAUACUACACUGUUGAAAAAAGUGACGUUCAGUGGUUUAUAUUUCUUUUGUUUCAAGUGCUUGGUUUGUCCCUUCCUGGACUUUUGAAACAUGAUAAGUCUUUGUUUAUUUCCUCUAGGUGUCGACACAAAAGCAGCUGAGCCAAUAUUUUAGGAAUCAGAGAAGAGGAUCAAAACCCUAUGGGUCGUCAGAGUCUGGCAAGAGUGUAGAUGCUAAGCCCUACAAAAAGGCACGACUGUCCUCCCCUGUAGGUGAUGACAAACUCGCUCAAAGACGCAACUUGGUGCUGCUGUCUAAUACUGAAGAGGGAGCCUUGUCUUGUUCUACAUUCUCAAACCUUGUGGAGGAGACCUACCAAAUGAGAAGAAAGUUUAUAACAGAAGAGGCGAAGUCAUCCAAGGAAAUCUUAGAUAUGUGUCCAUACCUUGGAAAAUCAUCUCAUGUAAGUUUGUUGAUGAAGAUUUCUUUUUCAUGCAUUUAUUUUUCAUUUAAUGUCCAGGGGUUUCAUAAGUUUUGAAAUAGCUGUCUGAGCUGACUAAUGUAGGCCGGGUCCUGAUGAAGUAGGAGGCAGUUAGAGGUAAAUUUCUGACAAAGUAGCUGGUGGUUUUUUCGCUGAUUGCUGGCUUCUAAUGAAAUUACUGAAAGUCAGUUAUUUAAUGGAUUCUUUGUUAAAAUUAUUUGUCAUUUCAAAGGCCUUUCAAAGUGAGUAAGAAUGGCAUUUUCUUUUUGAAAGAUCUGUACCAAAUACACGUAUCUCCACUUUUGACCAGAUGAGGAGUGAGAGAUAAAUGCACAGCUGCAAUCCUUCUUGAAACAUACUUGAGACCCCUGUUACAUGAACCUCAUGUCUCCUUACUAGCUCAUCUAGGCGAACAAUGUGGGAAAAUGAAUCCUGCAUAAAAUAGACUAGGAAGAGGAUCUUCAAAAAAAAUGCCACACUCAGUUACCGGUACUGUGAAAGGCUUUUCAAAUAAGCAAACAUACUUUUUAUACUUCGUAGGCACUUCAAAAUCCCCUCUUAAAACAGACACCCAGGACCAUGAAAUGCUAAUGAGGAAAUUUCGUAGCUAGGCAGAGGCAACCUUAAGUUAGGGAAUUUCCCUUGCGUUGGGUUAAAACCUUAUUUAUAAUGAGUUUUUGUAGGGUGAAAUUUUUUUGUUAACUAGUGUAAUUUAUUUCUGAUUUUCUCAGGUUCGUUCUGAGCUGUGCCGCCUACUUGACAAGAACUGUGUGAAAGGUGCAGAAGACCGUUUAGUGAGUGCUCUGAAAGUCAUUCUGAGGCAUAGCGGCGAGAAAUUGACAAACACUCAAGUUGUGGAAGCUGUACAUGUCAUACAACAGCGAACCAAAAGAAAAGGAAGCAAUUCAGCAGUGUUAAAAUUUCAAGAUGUAAGUAACAUCUUAAAUAAUUUAUUUUGCAUGGUUACCAAGCUUCCACAUAUUGUGAUGUAUUUUUAUUUUACCAUACCAGAAGUAAUCGUAACAGCUUUGAUACCAUGAGCUCAACAUCAUGCACACUAUCACCUGUUUUAUUGUUUUCAAGCAUGUCAUAACUUGUAGUUUUCUACUCAAGACACUGUUUCCUAGACAUACAAAUUUACAUCAGGCCAAUAAUCUCUUCUUACUUCCAUUAUACAUUUCAGCCGGCAACACCACCAGACAAGUUGUUCAAGGAUAAGAAAGUGGAAUUUUCGUUGGUGUGCACAGGAACAAGUGAGGAAGUAGAGCAAGUUUUUGUGUGUGGAGAGGACCAGGCUUUUUUCGAAUGUGAUUGUGAGCUGCCAAUAGCAUUAGUUGAUUUAAUUGCAGCAUAUUAUGUUUUUGAUGUCAAAUACCCCCAGUGUUUCUCAGGAAUUCUUUACUUUUUACAAGAGGUUGUAUUACUGCAAGUUGAUAGUGAAUUUAAAGGAACCAAGUAUGCCACCUUUAUGGCGGAGUUUAAGAAGGAGAGCCAAAGAAAGUAA